GCAAGGGACUUUGGCCUGAUGGGUUGGGCUUGCCAGCAUGGUGUGGAUGCAGUGCUCAGCAGUGUGGCUGAGCCACUCACAGCCACUCACUCACUCCUCUGAUGGUAUGUACCUGGAUGACAUCCUGCCAUGAACACAACUGCAAACUCCAUCUGCUUGCAUUCAACCUGGAGACAGGCCACCAGAUCAGACAGCAUCCCACAGACAUGCUCAAGAGGAAGAGAGAUGCUUUUCAACCAUGGAGCUGCUCUUCUAAGCAUGAGGGGGAUCUCACUUGCCUCUCUCUGCCUACUGAUGCACCUGUUUCAGGACAAGAUAACUAUGAUUUUAGUUUUGGAAAACCAAGACCUGCGAGAUUCAAUUAAGCCACAGAAGGUAGAGUUCCGUUCGUUCAACUUCAACACCAGUUUGCACUGGCAGCCUGGGAGGGCCAGAGAGCCAAGAGACAUCAUCUACUUUGUGCAAUAUAAAGUGUAUGGGCAGAGCACAUGGCACAACAAAGACGACUGCUGGGGGAUUCAAAACCAUUGCUGUGACCUAACAAAUGAGACCUCUGAUAUCCGAGAGCCUUACUAUGGCCGAGUGAAAGCCGUGUCAGAUGGCAUCUAUUCCGACUGGAGCCUCAGCUGCAGAUUCACUCCCUGGCAAGAAUCUAUGAUAGGACCUCCAACAAUAACUGUGGUUCAUAGCAACAAAUUCAUACUACUAAAGCUCCAGGCUCCACGUUCUCCUUAUAGAAGGAAGAGAGGCAGCAAGAUACCAAUGACAAAUUAUUAUGAUCUUCUUUAUCACGUCUUCAUAACUAACAACUUGCUAGACAAGCACGACAAAGUCCUGAUGUACGAAGGAAAAGAAAAGAUAAUUAAAAUAGAAGAUUUAAGACCUGGAGCCAGCUACUGCAUCAUGGCCAAAACGUAUGUGCCAGCUCUGUCCCGCAGCAGUCCCUACAGCAGCAGGCAAUGCACUGUGCUGCAGUGACAGGGCUGGCACCUCUGCCACAGAACAAAAAUAGCAAUGAAAGAUGAAAAAAAAGUGUUCUUGCUUUUAAAUAAGAACUGCAGAGUAGAGGAGCAUGCUGCAAGCUCACGGUGCCUUCACAGUGCCGAGAGUAACACUUCCAAUUGUGAAACCAGUACGUGAUUAGGCAGGAGCUCAUUUAAACGGAAACAGACAAGAUCCUUGCUUCCAGUCAAUGACAGACAGUUAAAGGGAAGAGACCUCUAUUUCAACCAUUUCUUAGUAAACGUGGAAGAAAUGCUGACCAUUACCUGUGAUUUCUAAUUAUUUUACUCCUACAAGUCUUCAUCCCUCAAAGGAAAGGUUUUCUUGGGCAAGGUCUGGAAAGAUAUCCACUAUACCUCUCUAUCCAACGAGGCUUGGUGGCAUUUCCAGAUCUGUGAUUAAUGAGAAUCAUAAUAUUUAAUACUGCAUUCUGUUCUUGCGUAUUAACAAGAGGAGGUGAAAAUGGGCCAGACACAAUUUGGCAAAGCAAGCCCUGGUAAAUAUGGAGCUCAAUGCUACAGAACCACUAUUGAUUUUUUUUUUCCGCAUAUAUUUGCAGUUUCAUUUGUCCUUUGUUA